UUGAGACCAGAACACAUUUCAUAUCACUCACUCCGGGUUGGGGAACACUUGCUAUUUCUAGCAGGCGCUGAGUCAGGUGGACGACACCCAACUUGCAAUGAUCCCACCACGAAGCUAUACUCGACACCAAAAGGGCUUUUAAAAACAUCAAAAUAUCACAAAACCAACAAAAUGGAUACUAUGUCAAAGGAAGAAAGUGAGCCAAUGGAACCAGAAAUACAAGCGUUACAGGACGAGGCGUCAGGGUCUGUUGACGUCGACGAUGAGGACGAGAUGGAAGAGCUUCACAACAGUUUAAAGGAAGUAGUCAAAGACCCAUCUGUCAAGCCCAAGCUUCAGUGUCUAAUGGUGGAUCCAUCCUUUUCCAUGGUGACUGUGCAGAGUGAGGACAGUGGGAUCGUCUGGGAGACCGCCUCAAGCAGGUGUUCCACUCCCUGGGCGUCUGAGGGAAGCUCACCAUCGGAAUCGUACGGUCUAGAAAGCUCGGCGGCACAGGGCAAGAUCACCGUCAUCAUGGACGACAACAAGAUUGUGAGGAAGCGCAAGAAAAGUGGCAGGAGCAAGCUGGGUGACAGAAUCAAGAGGUCCAGCUCAAGAAUGGCUGCAUACGGAACUGAGAGACCAGCGAUGACUGAGGUGUCUGUGCCCAAUGUCAAGCCUGAAAACGACGAGCCAGCUGAAUUGAAAGUGGACAAAGAUCAGGAGCUGUUUAGCCUCAUCUCUGAGGGUUACGAGAUCCUAAACAUUGUGGUACCUUCAAAACUUCCCACGGUGGACGAGGAAGAGGCAGGUGAUUUGGUGGAUAAUUUGUCCUAUUUACAAGACACCCCAAAGAUUAAAUCUAAAAGCAAAUUAGCUCCAGUGCCUGCCGGGGAUGACUACCAGGGGAUUAUAGUUCAGGAAAUAAUUAAUGGCGAACAGGAGGAAGCAGACAAAAUUACAGAAACUGGCAUGAAAGAUGCAAAGAAAGAGGGGCCUGAUGAAGAUUACCUAGAUAAAUUCAAACUGGUCGAUUCACAUGCAAUUAGUGAACAGUCUAGCUCUUCAGGGGUUCCCAAUGAAGAAAACAUCAUGCAAGAACCUGAACAGGUGAAACCUCAAGGGGAAUUAAAGUCCAGUCCAUCCAACAUAGAGGACAGCUUCGUCAUCAUCACGGAUAAUGAGAUUGCAAGCGAGCAUAUGGAUGAGGUGUUCUACGCCAAUACUGGAACCAUGGCAGAUGAAAAAAACAAAGGGCAUGACAGCGACAGAAAAGUGAAAGAUGAGCCGAGAUCUUUGAAAGAGAGUGGCUCAGCCCUGUUUGGCAGCCAGGAGACAAUUCUCAUACCUGUUUACCUGCCCGAAGGUCCUCCAAAAAUUAUAGACCAAGUUCUUCUGGAGGAGCCAAGGGCCAUGUCGUUUCUUUACACUGACCUCUAUGAUGAGGCCAUGGGAAGCAGGAGGAGGGAUGAUGACCACUCAGAUGUCGAGAGCACUGUGUCUGAAAAAUCUUACAAGAAAAGAUUUUCUGAUGAUGACGAGGAGGACGAAGGCUACCUGGAAAAGUUCAUCUUGAAGGACGAGACGCCAGUGGUCCAGGAGCCCCUUGAAGUUGCUGAUGAUGUAAGGGAGGGUGGGAGAAUCAUCUGGCCACAGAAUAAAUUCGAACUUACUGGAUGUCUUAAGCGGGUGAAGGAAGAGGAUGACUCCGGAGGGGAGAAGACAGAAAUUGCAGCAAUGGAGCAAGUGGAAGAUAGUGAAAAGGCACAACCAGUGGAUACAGGAAAGCCAGAGGAAAUCAGUCAAGGGCCUAUAACUAAGGCUGCUGAUGAAAGUAAAAUUGAACAGGAAAAAGAAGAUGACACCGAGGUCUGUGUUGGAAAUCACUGUGAACCAUGUGAUGCAGGAAAGAUGAUCCCUGAGUCACCAGAAAGUGUCAUUCAGAAUGAUAUCAGCAACUUGUUAUUGGAGGAGAGGGCUGAGACAGUGGAGGAAAUCAGGAAGCAUGAUGCCAUAUCAGAAAAGGCAAAAGAUUCAAAGGAGACAGAGAGUGAAAUGAUGGGCAUUUCUGGAACAGUUUCGAAAAAAAUCUCCAGAUUUGCUAAAGAAGGAGAACAGACUGCAUCAGAGAAGGCGAUAAAUACAAUCCAGGAGCCAGAGACUUCCCUGGACAUGAAAACCUCAAGUCCAGAGGAGAUUUCAGAAAAAUUAACCGAAACUCCCACAAUAGUUGAGGAGCCUUCAUGUAAAAAAUUGGAAGGGGUAGCUGAAAUACAGUCAGACGUUAAGAUAUCUACAGAACCUAUAAAUGAAGCCAUUGAGGUGAAAAAGUCAGAUGAGAUUGAGGCUGACCAAGCAACACCAGACACAACAAGUCAAGUAAAAGUCGAAGAAACCAUUACCAAAGAAAAACCUGCAGCUCCCCUUGAUGAGUCAGAUGUCAUAGCUACAGCACCUGAAGCCAUGAAAGACAGUAAGGUCAGUGUGGUGUCAGAAGAACAGCUUACAGACAGUGUAAGUGAAAUACCAGAUGAAGUUGCAGGAGGCAGCAAAGAACCAAACACAGACACAAUUCCUGAAGGAAUUCACAGCAAGGUCCAAGGACAAAAAAGUGCAAUUCAGGAGCAAGCUGUUGAUUCAGCAUCACAAGGUGAAUUAAAGGUGUCAGAGGAUGUAGUGGAGCCUGAUAGAACUGUGGAGAAGAGUGAAGCAACUGAAGUGCAUCAAGAAAUGAGCCCUGCAUUGCAAGCUAAUGUAGAUGUAAAAAACACAGGUCCUGAACCUGAGAAAGUGGAAGAAAGUCAACAAUCCACUGAAACACCAGUGGAAAAAGUUCAAGAUCUGACUGAGGAACUAGUAAACACGGACAUCAUUUGUGAUGUUUAUGAACCUAAAAAAGUAGAAAAUAAGAAAUUUAUGAUUGAGUUUUCCAUUGCUAACAGAGAAAAGCUUGCUGGAGCCCCAGUAGAAAAAAACAAGCAUACAGUAGAGCAGACACAGAAGAAAACAACAAGAAGGAAAGCUAAUGUACCAAUAAUAGAGGUUGUUCUAAGUAAAGUACCCUACACUCACGAGGAAAAGACUGAAAAACAGUUAUCUACAAGUAAACCAGAGACUCCACCUGUAGCCUCAGAAUCUAAAGACAGUGAAGAGCCUGUAACCAAAACUGCAGAAGGGGUUACCAGUGUAAAACAAGAUGCCUCACUGGAUAGUGUUCUACCUCAGACUGAAGUCAAGAGUAAUAAGCAAGCUGUGCAAUUGCCAGUAGAGGCUGCAGAGGCCACAAGGGCAGCUGAGCUGGAUAGCCUUGAACCCGAGGUCAGGGAGACACAAGCUUUAGAUGAACCCAAAGUAAAGGUAGAUCUAAUUCCAGAGACAGUAAAUGAGGAAAGCAAAGUACAAACAGAAGUAGAUAGUGAUGGUCAAAUAGCAGUUACAGAGGAUUACACCCAAGUCACUGGGUCUAUGUAUGAACCUGACACGAUAAAACCAGAUGUUCUAGUCUCAGAUAAGAUAGUGAAUGUUCCUGUGGCAGAACUUCCUUCAGAUGAGACUCGAGGUCCUGAGGCUGUGAUAGUAGAAAAGACAGUUUUAGAUGAAACUGUUAAUGAUUUAGUAGAAGAAAUCCCUGUAGCUGAAACUCAAGGUCCUGAGGUUUUUAGUGUGGAAGAAAUCUCAGUUAAAAUUGCUGAAGAUGUAGUAGCUGAAAUUCCUCCAGUUGAGACAUCGGGGGAGGUUUUGAUUGUGGAAAGCAAAGUGUCAGAUGAAACUGUUACCAGUGUGGUGUCAGAAAUUCCUUCAGUUGAGACCCUAGGUCCUGAGGUUAUGAGUGCAGAGACCAAAGUGUCAGGUGAAACUAGGGGUGAUGUAGUAGCAGAAAUAACCUCUGUUGAACCUCCAGGUCCAGAGGCCAUUACAGUGGAAAAUAAAGCUCCAAAUCAACCUGUGAAUGAUGUAGUAGCAGAAAUUCCCUCUGUGGAGACACCAGAUGAGAUUUUGACCACGGAAAACAAAGUUUCAGAUCAAAUUAUUGCGAGUGUCGCAAAGAUUCCUUCAGUUGAGACCCUAGGUCCUGAAGUAGUAAGUGCAGAGACCAAAGUGUCAGAUGAAACUGUGAGUGUUGUAGCAGCAGAAAUACCCUCUGUUGAGCGCCCAGGUGCUGAUGUCGUUACUGUUGUAGUAGGCAAAACGUUGAAUGAUGUAGUAGCAGAAAUUCAUUUAGUGGAGACACCAAAGGAGGUAUUGAUAGCUGAAAGCAAAGUUUUAGAUCAAAUUGAUGUGGUGGCAGAUAUUCUCUUAGUUGAGCCCGUAAGUCCUAAAGUUGUAACUGAGGAAGCCAAAGUUUCAGAUAAAACUGUAAACGAUAUUGCAACAGAAAUUCCCUCGGUAGAAACACCAGAUGAAGCAUUGAUAGCUGAAAGCAAAGUUUUAGAUCAAAUUGAUGUAGUGGCAGAUAUUCCCUUAGUUGAGACCAGAAGUCCUGAGGUUGUAACUGAGGAAGCCGAAGUUUCAGAUAAAACUGUAAACGAUAUUGCAACAGAAAUUCCCUCGGUAGAAACACCAGAUGAGGUAUUGAUAGCUGAAAGCAAAGUUUCAGAUAAAACUGACGUGGUGGCAGUCCAACAACCAUCACCUUCAGCAGCUCCAGCUCCAAUAGAAGUCCAGGAGGUCACAACCGAGGAUCGGAAAGAAGGAGAGCCAGUGGAGGAGCAAGCAGAGGAGCCAGAGGGCCUGCUGUUUUCUACCCUCCGAAGCUUCUCCCCCAAGGAAGACCUGUCAGUCCUACCUGAGCCUGAAGCCCUCAAAGAAUACCGUGAUGAAAUGGCAGAGGAGCUCGAUUAUGAGAUGAUCACUCAACAAGAGGCCAGGGAGUAUCCAGGUGUGGAGGCGGAGGUCAUUCCUGAGAGGGAAGAGGAGGAAUGCUUCACAGAGGUGGACACGAGCAAGGCGUUAGAGGAAGAGGCUGCAGAAGAUGUGCUGGAGGCAGACUAUGAAUUUAUUGAGGAGUCGGAAAGUGUUGAGCUGUCAGAGGAAGAUCAAGCUAAAAUGCAAGCAUUGGAUGCCUUUUGUCUUGUCUGUCAGUGCCCAGUUUUAAUGAUGGAGGAACAUCAAAACCAUGAAGUGUGCAGUUUGGAUAGAGCAUAUGAACUUCUGAAGGAUCGGCUUAGCAACUGGAUAUCCACAUUGCAAGAAAGAUCGGAAAAUAUUGAGGACAUGGUGUCAGAGAUCGAGCUGGUUUACAAUUCAGUGGAGGAACAAUGCAAGAUGAAUGAAGAAGCUAUGGACGAUCAGAAUGAGGAAAUGCUGAGACUGGUGAUGGAUCAAUACAAUGAGAUGUCUCACACAAUGGAAGAGGAGAAGAAGGCAAAGUUGGAGAAGCUCUAUGACCAGAUUGUCUCCUUCCAAGAGAGCAUUGACAUCGCCAAAGAGACUCUUGAGAAAAACUCAAAGGAGGAAGAAGAAGAGGAGGAGGAUUCUUUCACGUUUGUGUCUUCAUCUAAAGACAUAAACAUGAGUCUUACCAAAGCUUUGGAGUCGACUAUGUCUUUGGAACUUGGGCCACGUGGACUCUCUGUGUUUGAUGAUUAUGCCAAGGGCUCAGGAAAUGGACAGAAGCACCGCAAAGGCAUUCCAGUGCCACAGAAGCCACAUCUUCAGCCCCAGGAAGCCAACUCUGCCACCAGCACCUCUGUCACUGUGUACUGGAAGGUCAAUGAGGGGGACAUCAUCGACUGCUUCCAGGUGUACUGCAUGGAGGAUCCUCAAGGAGCUAUAUCUGAGGAGUACAGGGUGACAGUGAAAGAAAGCUACUGCACUCUGGAGGAACUGGACCCAGACAAGUGCUAUAAGGUGUGGGUGAUGGCUGUGAACUACACAGGAUGCAGCCUGCCCAGUGAGAGACUAUCUUUCAAAACAGCUCCAUCUGUGCCGGUGAUCCAGCCGGAGCGGUGCACCGUGCUGUGGGACUCGGCCACCCUGCGCUGGGCCUCGGAGCAACCAUCUGCCGCAGAGAGCUACACGCUGGAGUACUGCCGCCAGUACGCCUGCGAGGGAGAGGGCCUCAGGUCUUUUUCUGGGAUACAAGGCUGUGAGCAGAGAGUCCUGCUUCAGCCCAAUGAGAACUACCUGUUAUACAUCAAAGCUGUCAACUCGGCCGGGGCCAGUGAGCAGAGUGAGGCCGCACUCAUCUCCACCAGAGGAACAAGAUUCCAGCUGAUGAAAGAGACAGCCGGCCCAGCACUACGGCUGUUGGAGGAUAAGACCACCGUGUUGUACUCACAGGACAGCUUCAGUGAAAUGGCCUCUAUUAAUGAAUGUCCAGCCAUUCUGGGAGAGCUCUUGCCUUUGAAAGGCUACUAUUACUGGGAGACAGUGGUGUCAGGCUGCCCAUCCUACCGCCUCGGCGUGGCAUACAGCUCGAAUCCCAGUGACAGCCUUCUGGGAGAGAACAGCACCUCCUGGUGUCUGCACUGUGUCCCCACAUCAAGCAGCUCCAGGUUCGAGCUGCUCCAUAACAGCGUGGAGACCGACAUUUUCGUUGUGGACGUGCCCACCCGCGUGGGCACCCUACUGGACUUUGCCCAGGGGCGCCUGGUCUUCAUCAAUGCCCAGAACGGCCACCUCCUGGGCUCCACGCAGCACCGGUUCACGGAGCCCUGCCAUGCCGCUUUCGGCCUGGAGAGCCCCGGCUGCCUCACCGUCCACAUGCUGCCUGAGGUGCCAGAGUCUGCACGGCACUGCUAGUGCACCCCGUCAGUCCACCCCAUCUCCCCUCUGUGAUGUGCCCCCAAUGUCUGCCCUUGUAACAAGUUCAUUGUCUGUGAUGCCAAAUAGAUGGGGUUUUUUUUUUCGCUCUAGGACUUACUGGGCUGGGAUGAGUGAGUGAGUUUCUGUUGAAGAAAUAGAGAACAGCCUUUGUUUUCUACAAAUAUUAAAAUUUAUUGAAAUACUAUAUGCAAUUUACAAAUAUUGAAUUUACAGUUACUUAAAUUAUUUUGUAAAUAUGGGGAAGCUGACUAAAUAAAUUGAGUGAAUUAACUGAAAUAAUGUAUUGAAUUUGUUAGACACUUCAAACUUCAAACUUGAUAUUCACACAUUUAUCCUGUAAUUAAGAUUUCUUUAGUUUUACUUCCAAAGCUGUGCACCAGCAGAAUAUCAAUAAAUUUGUGUAUGUAUGACUUAAAAGUAUGACUUAAAAUUGUUUUUGUUUUGUUUUUUCAACGAGUCACAUCUUUUCAGUUUUGUGUUUUCUAUACUGUUAAGUGUACAUACUAUGUAUCACAUUUUGACUUGUUUGUGUUCUCCUAUAUUGUAAAUGCAUACCUUUAUCAGACUUGUGUCCCAUGAAAUGGCCUAUUUUUGUAUUUGAAUGAGAAGUAUUGAGAAAAUAAAAUAUUUCUGUAUCAACAAUAUUCAACAGUACUCCUUAGCUAAAGCUAAACUUUUAUGUGAUUUUUAAUGUUAUAUUUUAUCUUUAGCCAUUAUUGCAAAUCAUAAGUAUAUUAGUGCAUAUGAAAGUAAUCCACAUGCAUGUUGGUUUGUGCAACUGAAUGGGAAGAAAGUAUUGACCUAUGACUAUACGUUUUAUAUGGGGCCAGAGGACAUAGUUUAAAGCCAGGGUGAAAGUUAUGAGUUUUAAGUGAGGCAGAUGUUUUUUUCAGUGGGUUGUGUCUGAAUACACAACAAUUAUGCACAUUUUUGAGUGCAGUUGUUGGCAUAUUAUCCACUAGAUGUCCCUGAAAAUCUUUUUGAUUUAUUUUUGUUUUAUUUUGUGUUCAUUUGUACUAUUUAGUUUAAAAUAUUUCUUUAAAUGAUUUAACUUGAAAUCCAGUAAAUGUACUGACUAGUUAUACUUUGAAAUGCAUUGAUGGUUGUCUAUCCUCUGCACAGUAAGUAGGAAAUUGUAGUUAAAAGAAUGUACAUUAUCACAGCAGGAAGAGAAUAACUAUGUGUCUUAACAUGUAAUAGUCACAAAUCGCUACACUUUGAGGAUUCACAACUAGAAUAGUAGUCUCAAAACAGAUGGAAAACACUACUGUAUCAGAAGGAACAGGUGCGACAUUCUGUAAGACACAGACAAAACAAACUGACAUCUGCAGAAACUCAAAGCAUGGCAAGGUUUCCAAGCAGUGGAAUGACAAUUACAAAACUUUUCAUAUGUUUUUUAAAUACUGCCAAGGGUGGUCAAGGGUAUGAUUAAUUCUAUUUUUAAUACUGUUAUAUAAUGUGCUGAAUAUUGUUUUUUUUUCCUCAUCCACAAUCUGUGUGUGGCACUUGAGUUGCUGGACCUCUGAUGGGAAACAUCUGAUUGCGAAUUUUGUUUUAAUAACUCUUAACUUCAUUUCAUAUCCUCUUCCGCAAAGUCUGCGUGAUUUACUGUUUGAAGGUGUUUUCAUUUUGUAUCUGUACUUUCUGGUUUUGGAUGCACCCAAACAUUUUACUUUGACAAGUCACUGCUGAGAAUAAUUAAAUGACAUUUUUCUGGC